CAAGAUCUCCUAUUUGCUCCCGCCUCUUGAACUGCAGGGCCAACACCCCGAUGGAGAAUCAGGUGACGCCCGUCUACCUGGCGGCGCAGGAAGGUCACGUGGCCGUACUGCAGCAUCUGGUCACCGUGGCCGGAGGAAACCUGCAUCUGAGGGCACGUGACGGAAUGGCCCCUCUACACGCCGCCGCGCAGAUGGGAGCCCUGGACUGCGUUCGGUGGAUGGUGGAGGACCAGGGCGUGGACCCCAACCUGCGAGACAACGACGGUGCGACCGCGGCGCACUUCGCGGCCAGCCGGGGUCACGUGGAGACGCUGCGUUGGCUGCUGGCGCACGGCGCGGCCAUCCUGCCGGACAAGUACGGGAAGUCGCCCUUCCACGACGCCGCCGAGAACGAGCAACUCGAGUGCCUGGCAGUCCUCAUCGGCCACGUGUCCAACCCGGAACAGCACGUGACCCAAAGCAAGGCCAACACAGGCUCCGGGAAGCGGGGCUCACCCCAGAAAGGACAGGCAAGUGCACUUCUCGUAAUAAAGGUUCCUUGGACAGACUAUGCCGUGUCUAUAGACGUUCCCACGUGA